GGGGCGGAGGGCGGGCGGUGCGGCUGCGCGGCCGCAGUGGCAGCCGUUCCUCAGCGGCUCCCUCAGCGGCUCACCCUGCACCUCCGCCUCGUCGGGAGCCGGCUCCGGGCAGCGAAGCGGGUUCUCUGCCUCAGGAUGUCGGCCACGCUGUACCUGCUGUCCACGCUGGGGGGUUACGUCCUCACCUCGGCGCUUCUCCUCAAGUGCCCGGGGCUGCUCCACCGGCCCAAGCGGCAGCGGUUCCGCUGCCGGCACAUCUCCCACCGCGGCGGUGCUGGAGAGAAUCUGGAGAACACGAUGGCAGCCUUUCACCAUGCAGUUAAUAUAGGAACAGACAUGUUGGAGCUAGAUUGUCACCUGACGAAGGAUGAGCAAGUGGUUGUGUCCCAUGAUGAGAACCUGAAGAGAUCAACAGGAGUCGAUGUCAAUAUAUCCGACCUCAAAUACUCUGAACUUCCACCAUAUCUCUGCAAGUUGGAUGUCACAUUUCAGAAAGAAUGUCACUGUGAGGGAAAAGAUAACCGUAUUCCUCUCCUGAAAGAGGUGUUUGAGGCAUUUCCACAAACUCCUGUCAACAUUGACAUCAAAGUGAACAACAACGUGUUGAUCAAAAAGGUUUCAGAGCUGGUGAGUCAGUAUAAACGAGAGCAUUUGACGGUAUGGGGGAAUGUCAAUUACGAGGUUGUAUCGAAGUGUCUUAAGGAGAAUGCUGAUAUUCCCAUCAUCUUCUGUUUGCAACGUGUCCUCCUGCUUCUUGGCCUGUUCUACACCGGUCUGCUGCCGUUCAUUCCUUUCAAGGAAGAAUUCUUGGAAAUUCCUAUGCCUUCCAUCAUCCUCAAGCUGAAAGAACCACAGAAGAUGUCAAGAAGCCAGAAAUUUAUUAUCUGGCUAGCUGACACACUGCUAAUGAGGAAAGCACUUUUUGACCACCUCACUGCUCGGGGCAUUCAGGUGUAUAUUUGGGUACUGAAUGAAGAACAAGAAUACAAGAGGGCAUUUGAUCUUGGAGCAACUGGAGUCAUGACAGACUAUCCAACAAAGCUCAAGGAGUUUUUACACAAUUAUCCAGCAUAAGGAAAGGAAGACCUUGCAGAAUAGAUUCGGCCAAGGAAUGUCAUCAAAAAAAAUGAGCAACGUAUGCAAAUCAUUUUGUUUGAAAGAUAUAACUGGGUGAUCCUUGACCUUGUUGUCAGGUUGCUACAUAAUGUAAAGGUUGUCUAUUUAUUUUAAAACUUUAAUUGCAUAGUUUACGUUUGUAAAUAGAUCAUUUAGCAAAGGUGCACUUCACUAAUAGUUAUGGCUAAGAAGAAAGUUGCUGGAUAGGAUACCUGUAGAUAAUAGGUGUUAUUUUACCUGUCGCACUGUCACGAGUGUCCCUAAGCAGAUGUAAAGACAUGUCAAUUACUCCAGUUAUAUUCUAGUGUGCAGAAACUAAAGAACUCUUGAAAGUGUACCCUUGUGUAUAUAUUGCUUGUGUUGCUUUUAAUUUUCAGAUAACUUGUAGGGCAAAAAAGAAAAUGCAAAGGAGAAAUAGACGGCAGAAUCUGUGGAUGGCCAGUUAGUUUAACCCGUGAAGUGUAGUCAGUAAAGACAGUCACUUGGUCAGUGUAGGUUUACUUAGCUAUUCUUACUGAUAACCUGUCGGGCUGCUAUGGCAUGGCAGUAGCCAGCUUCCCAGGACGGAGAAUUACACUUAAUAUAGAUUACACUUACUUUGAAAUAUUGGUUUCCUCUGUGAAAAGACUGUUUUAGAAGUCUUUUGCACUUUAAUAGUUUUAACAUCUGUUGGCUUGACAAAUGGGAAGUUGUUUUCAGGGUGAGGGACCAAAGAAGACUUUGUUUGGUCAGGAGUUUUAGGAACAACAUAAAGUUCAUUUUAAAUGAAUUCACCCAAAUCAGAUUCAUAUAUGUACUUAAAACAGGAGCAGGUGUCAGUCUAGGAUGCGUGUAAAUUUUAGUCUUUUCCCUCCACAAAAGUACAUUCAAUAUUCAUGAAGUUUAUGGGCAUGGACGCAGGAAUAACUUUAGCAGCAAAAGCCAGGAAUCCCCAAGUAUUAUGGAAUGGGGAUGGAAAGGAAUGUAUUUCUGGAAGCUGAAUGCUGCUCUGUCACUGUGAACAGAUGCUAUGUGUGUGUCAAACAGAUCUGAGCCUGCAAUGCCUGUGUGUUUUGGUGUUAUGUUAGUGUUAGGGUUUUUCAGAAAGAAUUUAACUAUUUUAGCUUAAUUAUUCACAGUGAUGUAUUCACAAAGCUCAGUCAUCUAAUCAUCAGAUACUGCUGGAACAAAACUAUUGUUUAGUGAUGAUAUCAUCUACUUCUUAGAGGAACUUCACUUGAAAAGGAUCUCAUUUAAAUAAUAAAUAUGGUCGCCAGAAGCAAGAGUAUAUUUACUGCAAGAUACACUCCUUAGUAUAAAAUUUUUAAAGUGAUUAUUUUUUUUCCUUGCUAGCUCAGAUUUGGAAGGGCUCUUGUCUCGCUUCAGGGAGACAAGACUCCAUACCAAACCUGUAAUCAUUGAGCGUCUUUGUUAUUUCAUUAUGCCCGUCCGUGUUAGAAUGUCAAGUCCAUCUGGAUGGAUAAUCCCAUUUGUGUGAUGUCCGUUUAAGGGAAGGGAAAUUCCUUCCUAUAUUUUUUCUACUCAGUUUUUUUGCUAUCAAAUUUCCAACGCACACACCUUCAUAAAGAUGCAAAUAUAACUCUGGUUUCAGAGAACGCUACCAAAUAGCACUUAGAUGUUAAAACUUCUUUUAGGCUAGAAAAAAAUGAAUCUUAAAAUGCAACUCUUGAUUUCUGGACUUGAUGUCUCAAGGGACACAUGAUGACUUAAUUUCUCUCAAGUUUUCCUCAUCACUGCCUAAGUAAACUAUUUUGUUUUAUCUUAUAUUGAAUGACAAAACAGUUAUUAAAAUAAUGGACUUAAUUUUAUUAUUUCAUUAUAAUCUUCUGCCUAUUUCACUCUAGUAGUGGUGUUGGAAACUUCUGCUGUCAAAGAUGCUCAACACAUUCUUCAACCACUAGUCUUCCUACGUCUGAUGUAGCUUUUGACUGUGCUGCUCAUACAUGACCUCUCUGAUAAAUCUACCACUUAAUGUCUGAAAUUUGAGUAAGUCAAGCUACGUGGGAGGGAGGGGCUCAAUGCUGAAAAACUGCCAAAUUUAUUCAGUCACCCAUUUGAAUUCCAGUACAAGAGCUAAAAUUUGAUCUUUUGAGACAGAAAAUGUAAGGAUGAAGCUAUGAAUCUGAGCGCCCAUGCACAGGGUUUGGGCCAUGAUAACUGUUUGUAACAAAACAAUAUGGAAUUGAGGGAAUUGUAGAAUGUUUAUUCUAUCAAAUCAUUGUUUUGAAUAUUCCAGAACAUGCUGUGUGAUUUUUUUUUAUUAAACUACUUGUACAGAAAAGCACUUGUUGAUCUUGCACAGCUGUCCAGGAGGAUGUUCAGUUAAUCCCUCUCUCCAAGGAGAGAUUUUUUUUUUCUUCAGGUAAUUUUAACUCUAAAUAUUGUUUAACACUUACUGUGUUCUCAAUCCUGUUGCAAAAUACUGUAUGUAUGAAGGAUGAUGCAUGUAUUCCAUGCACUUUUAAUUUGCAGAAAAUGCUGUGGACCUCUCUAGCUCAAAAUCUAUGAAGUGAUUUUUUUUCUUUUCUUGUAAAGAAAGAUUGAUGCUCUUGAAAUGUGACGUUCAAACAUCUUUGCUCAUAAAAGAUCUAAAAUUAAAUACUACUUUCUUGUGACUUCUUUGCCUGAAAGGAUAAUUUCGGAGGUUACUAUUUAUAGUGUUGUAAACUUCAAAGUUUUUAUGGUGGUCUUUUUUGUGGAUAUGGUUGCUCAAAAGACGGGGACAUUUUAAAUGCUCUAAACUUUCUAGAAAUUUUUGUCAAUUAUGUUGGUUUCCUCAUAGUAAUUACAGCAUCUGCAGCUAAAUGAAACCUGCAGGGGAUUUAAACAUGCCUUUGCCAUGAGUAAAUAAGCUCUUGGGU